AUGGCAUCAGGUCUUCAGGGCAAUACUCCGCACGUCGUGCCCAACGCCCCAUCUUACAACAAUGCCGUGAAUACCUCAGUUGGCGGUGCUGGAACAACAGCGGCUGCGAGACCCUCAGACAAUGCCUCCUCGAUUGACCAUGUGUACGAGAAAGCGCCCGUAGUUCUUACGAAGAAACAAAAGUUGAGACGCCAUUGCGGACGAUUCAAAUGGUGGUAUUUGGCUGCGGCCAUCAUCCUGCUCAUCAUCUUGUUGCCACUGCUUUUCCUUGUUAUUCUGCCAGCAAUAGUUCGACGUAUUGUCAGUGAUCAGACUCUGCCGGUAUACUCGGGCACUUUUGUGGCAAUGACACCUGCAACAUUGAUGGUAUCACUCGAGACAUCGUUAGAUACCCCAAUACCAGCGGUUAUCGACGAAACAACACUCUUCCUCUACAACAGCGAAACGCAAGAAGGCAGCGACUUCACACCAUUUCUCAACAUAACUAUACCAUCUACACAUAUCGGUCGAGACACCAGCAUAUUCAUCAGCAAUCAAACUGCUACUGUCACAAACGAGACAGAGCUAGAGUAUUGGUUCAAUCACGUAUUCGACGAUCCACGUGUUGACCUUUCCGUUCGCGGCGACACCACAAUCCACCUAAGUUCACUACAUUAUGGAGCGCAUAUAGACAAGACAGUCGAGUUCUCAUCGCUUAAUUACCUAGCAGGACUCAGCAUCACAGACAUGUACUUGAAUUUUCCGGCCCUAGACAACGGCACGAAUAUGCACGGAAUGCUGAACAUCCCCAAUUGGGGCGUCCUGGCACUACACCUGGGCGAUGUGUCAUUCAACCUCGUCGCUGGCGACCUCAACAUCGGGCUAAUCACUAUCUAUGACCUGGUCAUGGAGCCCGGGAACAAUUCUCUGCCCUUCUACGGAGAGCUCUUCCUAUCCGAGAUCGUGCAGAACCUCGGCCGGUUCCUCGACGCCGAGGCCGAGUCGCUCAACAAUGGGCAGAUCCAGAUCGACGCCGUCGGGAAUCAGACCGUCAUCGAUGGCCUGCACAUUCCCUACGUCGAGCGCAUCCUCAAUGCCAAGCGCCUGCACCUCUACAUCUCCGUCAUCGAGUUUGCCAGCGCCUUCAUCAACGGCGUCUCUGGCGGCGGCAACGCAUCCAUCGUCAGCGUCCUCGGCGAUGUCGUCGGCAACAACACGAUCAUCGAGCAGGCCCUCGCGCACUGGAAUAAAACGUCAAACGCGGCGAAAUCGUCAGAGGGGAGGGCAAGGAGCCUCAAUCCGAAGCGGAACUUGGCUUUGCUCAGGCUGGGAAUGGAGAUAAUGGCGAGGGGUCAAAACUUGAAUGGGUUCUGA